AUGAAGAGCAAAAAUCAGAAACUUCAAGUGAAGAUUAAACAACAGAAGGUGAGAUCUCCGAAGAUUCAAGUGACGAAACAAAUGACGAUCAAAAUUCAGAAAGUUCAAAUGAAGAUCCAAGCUGCAGUGAUUCAAGUUAUGAAACAAGUGAAGAGCAAAAUUCAAAAUAAACUCCAGAAAUGGCUUCGAAUGCUCAUGGAAUAUAUCUGGCAUGUCGACAGCGGAUGUUCAAGACACAUGACAGGCUUGAAGGAACUUCUGAAGAACUUUCGUUUUAUUGAUGGUGAUUUCGUGUCAUUCGCUGGAGAUGAGAAGGGAGGGAAGAUCGUUGGAAUAGGAGAUGUGGUGCCUGAAGCCCUCACGUUGGAAAAUGUCAACUAUGUUCCAGAAUUGUGCUACAAUCUCAUGAGUGUAGCACAAGUCUGUGAUAAAGGAAUAUCAUUCCUUUUCAAUGACAUGGAAUGCUUGUUUCUCAAGCCUGAAUAUGUCGUUCCUGCAGAAAUGAUCAUGCUUACUGCUCCAAGACAAAACAACACAUACGUGCUCAACAUGAAAAAACGCCAAGACAAACGAUAA